AUGAGUGACUUGACAGUGAGAGAAUUUACCGCGCUCGCGUCGCCUGCCGCUUGGCCUUCACGAACGCGUCAGCGGCGGGUUUGCCGCAUAGCGCCGCCGCGGCCGUCGUCGUUGUCUUCGUUCAAGCAACGUCGUGGUCUCCGUCCAGCAAAAGUAACAAGCGGCGUUCUGGUUGUCGUCGUUGCCUGGUCGCUUGACUUUGUUUGCAGCGCAGCACGUCACUCACGUCCUCCUCCGCCACUGUGUGUUGUGUUAUGCACCGGCGAUUCUACAAAGACCAGCAGCGCAUCAGUCGGCGCCGCUACAACACUACGCUACAGCGUGUCCAACUGCGGUUCACGCAGGCCGCGACGCGACGCGACGCGACAUUACACCAACACGUCGAUACAGUUCGCGAACACGCGCACGCACGAUACGAUACACAGCAGCAAUGGCGCAGCGGCACGCGCCGCCGCCGCCGAAGAAAUACGGCGCGCAACUGAAAUCGAUCAAUAA